AUGGCCCUUUCAGACCUUGGGAUCAGCAAAGGCGGACUCGAUCCGGGCCCAGCCGCCACGAUAGUCGAGUGCUUCCUCACCGUGGCCUUCUACAAUGUUAUCGAGCUGAAUGUCAUCAUCUACAGCGCCUUCCCACGGCGGACCGGUCUCUACUUCUGGAGCUUCGUGGUAGCGACGUGGGGGAUCGCCGUCUACUCGGUAGGCUUCCUCACAAAGGACCUCAGCUUUAUCCGAAACGGAUUCGUCUACGGCACCUUCAUCGUCGUCGGCUGGAUAUGUAUGGUGACGGGCCAGUCCAUGGUGCUCUUCAGCAGGAUGCAUCUGCUGGUGCGGGACAAGAGGAUACUGAGGACGACACUGGUCUGCAUAGUCAUUAACGCCAUCAUCGGGCACGUUCCCACCUCGGUCGUGCUCUAUGGGUCAAACUUGCCGCAUCCGGAUCGAUGGCUGGAGCCCUAUGCUAUCAUGGAGCGGAUCCAUGUCACCAUCUUCUUCCUCCAAGAACUCGCCAUAUCCGCCAUAUAUAUUGUCGCCACCACGAGGCUUCUCAGGGACAAGUCACGGUCAUCGUGCUCCGCGAAAGGCUCCGCCUCCGCAAGACGUUUCCUUGGGCACCUUAUCAAGAUCAACGUCGUGGUCGUUGUCCUGGACAUCACGAUACUGGCCCUGGAAUACGCAGGAUUGUAUGUCAUACAGACGGCGUACAAGGGCAUGGCCUACAGCGUCAAACUCAAGCUGGAAUUCAGCAUCCUGAACUCGCUCGUCGAGAUGACCAGAGCUCACAGGAAUGCACGCAUCGGAGUGCCGACCGGGGGCCUAUUCGAAGGUGGGAACGGCAACAACGCCAACGCACUGGGAAAGGGCAGCGGGGGCACAGGAGGGACCAGCGGCUAUGCGCAGCUGACCCAGACGGUCGAUCACGACGGAGUGAUCAGGUAUACGGGUAAUCAGAGCAGGAUGCGAGGCAAUGCGUACGUGACGGCAAACGGGAUCGGGCUGCCUGGCGCCGUCCACCAGCGGCGAAGCCCUGAUGGAGCUGGAGCCUCAGCUGAGACCAGUGGCGAAUUUGGCGACAGCGUGCCCGUGACGAGCCAUUUUGUCAUUCAACGGCACCGACGGGAAGAGUGGGAGGAGAAGAGCGACCUGGAGGAGCUUGUGCUUGGUAAUGAUAUCCUGCGGUAG